AUGAUUAUCAAAAAGGAAAACUUAAAAGAAUUUGGCGUAUCGCCUCUUGCUCCAGUUAUAAUUAAUGUUCAAGAUGAUGAAAUUGUAUACCAACGAAUCUUACUAGUAUAUGGACAAGCAGGUCCUAGAGAUUUAACAUAUCAUUCGAAUAUUACCGUUGAGCAUCAUGCUGAUAAUUUUCCUUCUACUACUUGGCCAAUUUUCAACUCUCAUUUUAAGUGCCUUGUCCACCUUGAUCCGGGACCAAAUAAUAUCCGGUUCACCUUUGAUCCUGAGUCAUGUUCGCCAGGAUUGAGCCCAUUGUCAACUGUCAUCACCAUUAACUAUAUACCAAUGUUACAAAAUCCUCCGUUGCAUUUAGCCAUGCUUGUCGCAAAAGAUUCGAAAUGUGUUAUUGACACACCACCUGAAAAAGUUGUAUCCGGAGACAAUAACCUGGAUUCUGCCAAAGCAAAAUUUCGAUGUGCUGCUUAUCUAUGGCAAGCUUUUACUGCUGAACAAAUGUAUCGUAACGGAUUUGGCAGGAGAGUUUUCCGAUUAGAAGAAGAAUGGCAACAAGACACACUCUCUAACCAAGAAUCAAGUUUACGUCAAACAGCAAAGAUUCACAUAAUUCGUACACAAUAUACAUUAGAAGAGUUAUUAGAUCCAGAGCGCGCACAACAAUAUAACCCACCACCUGGCUCGCCACCUACCACAAAAGAAGAUUUAUACUCCAUUUUUAUGAAUGCUUUACAAGAAUAUGGUGCACCCUUUGACAAGCAAUGCUAUGUAGCUGGAUUAAUACUCGACUCGCAUUGGGAUCCUGAAAUGAAACUAAUCCGAGGACAUGCUGCUUUAGGUGGUGGUGGUGGUCACAUUCAACUUGGGAUUUUUGGUAGUCAUACGACACACGCUUGGCCAAAGUUUUUGGAAGAAGUUGUGAGUUGUUUUCAAGAUGAGACACAGACAGAUGAGAAUAUUUUGGCAAAUGAUUGUCAGGAGUCUGGCACUUGGUGGAGGUGUUGCAAUAUUGGAAUAGGUGCAAUGCUGCAUGAAGUUGGACAUGCUUUGACUUGUCCACAUUCAGCUUCAGGCAUUAUGAUGCGAGGAUUUAACAAUCUUAAUCGUACUUUUACUGUUAAAGAACCAAACAACACUCAUCCGAUCACUCCGUCAGACGAAAGAUGUGACGUGAUUAGAUUCCGAUAUCAUCCUUGUUUCCGUAUUCCUUCCGACCCUCGAAGAUCAAUUGCAUACAAAGAUGUGAGUCCAGACUUUUGGCCUUUAGAUGAUUCUUUUCUUAUAAGCUGUAGCUCUGGAAUUUCCUUGGUAGAGAUUCAUUUAAAUGAAAAUUAUGUAUAUCAUCUUGAAUAUCUUGAUGAAAGAAUUCAUGAAGAUGAUAUUGAGUUGAGCUUGGAAGAUAUCAUGAACCGCGUUGGUUGGAAGCAUGGUGAUGAACUUACAUUGAAUGUGAUAGGUAAAAAUCAAACAGAAAACACUUUACAUAAUGCACAUGCAUUUUUAGAUAAUAGUCAUAUUGUAGUACCAAUACACGGAAAAGUGUUGAAAAGUGCGAGGUUAGGAAGGGAUCAAGGAAAGGAAUUUCAAGCUAUCUUCAAUAAGCCACAAUCCUCUUUCCAGAAAUCACCAUCAUCAUCAAUUUAUUCAUUUUCACCAAAAAAACCAUAUUUAUCUCAAAUCAUCAUAAAAGCUGGAUUAUUUAUUGACUCGAUUACGUUUAUUUGGUCUGAUAAUACGGUAAUAGAAAUAGGUGGGGAUGGAGGCGGUGAGCAUGAAUUUACAUUGGAUGAAGAUGAGAAAAUUAUAGGACUGAAUGUUAGAGCCGGAUUUUAUAUUGAUGGAAUUGAAAUUAAAACUAAUAGAAGGAGCAGUGGAUGGAUUGGUGGAUCGGGUGGAUCAAUGCAUUUUUUGCAUGUACCUAAAGAUCACGAAAUGAUUGGGAUUUAUGGAAGUGGCGAUACCUAUAUCAACUCCUUAGGAAUAAUUUAUAAGAAAUCGUAA